UUUAUCUCAGUGCGUUUGAUUCUGCUUGGAAUGUUCGACCUCAGUUUUCAUGGUUUUGCCUUGGGAAAGGCGAUCGCGUUUGUUGAUUUGAAGAAUUACUGAAGUAACCAUGGAACAACUACUUCCAAGUAGAGUGAUACUUCUAGUAGCACGCGGGGCUCUGCGCGAACAAGUGCUGUCCCAAGUUCUGCACUUUCACUAACAAGCAGCUGUCCUAGAUCACGUCUAAGAGUAUCCAUUGCCAUCACUAGUUCGACUUACUUCGGUUCUUUUGGCAAAGGAGUAGCAGAACUCCUCCGUCAUUCUAUAGAUCGAUCAUACAACAAGUUAAAUUCGUGAAAGAAAGUGUGUAGAAUUUCUCCUGGGGACAGUCAGUGCCCUGAUUCAGACCAUCGAGACCAUUAUAAUAUGGAUAAAUAUCGGAAAGGCGAUUUAGUGUGGGCGAAGAUGAAGGGAUACCCGCACUGGCCUGCCAGGGUUGAUGAUGCAAGUAACGACAGGCGUAUGCAGAUCUUCUUCUUCGGUACUCAUGAAACAGGAUGGCUUGGUUCAAAGUGUCUUCUUCGGUAUGAGGAGCACAAGGCCAAAUAUGCGCGCCCUCUCAAAACAAGUCGCUUCAUGGAAGGACUUAUUGAGAUUGAAAAGGACCCGAAGAUUGAAUUGGGUACCUGUACAUCACAUCUGGAUACACCUGGUUCUACUCCGUCGUCUGCCAAAAAGGCAGCUUCCUUCAAGCCAGUACCACGGCGGCGCACUCAAAGCUUAGGAUCAGCAGCUUCUCUACCCAACAAAGUAUCCGUAUCCCGUGCGGCUGUUGCUGCUAUGCUGGCCAAAAAGAGGAUGACAUCAUCUGCUCAGCAACCUAGGAGGUCAAGACAGGCACUGCGCAUUCCUGUUGAUCGUAUGCGGUCACCAACGAGAAGUGCACCGGUCAGUGACUUUGAUCAGCGUCUACUAUCAAUUGAGCUGAGUCUGAAGGAGUCACUGACUGUUGAAGCUCCGAAUGUUCACACCAGUGUUAAACUUCUAAACGAGCUGAAGCAGUCAUCGAUCCCCUACAAAUUCCUCCGGACAUAUCCAGAGUUUGCACUGACCAUUAAAAAGGCAUGCCACUAUCGGCAAAGUUCUGCUGUAGUGCAGCGUGCCAAGGAGCUAUUCCAGUCGCUUAGAUGGACAGCACUGGUUAAUAUGGAACCAAGUCUGAAGCUGCACUAUGUGGAAUGUUUGAGGUCUGCCGAUCCAGCCAGCCUUGCUACCUUGCCUUUUGCCAGUAGCAUCUCUUCCGGUGGUGAGUAUGCACCCGAUGGUGCUAGUCAGGCAGACCAUGGAGUUACACCAGCAGCUACUGCGCUAACCACCGCUGAUGUCACAACCGCUGAUGUCACAACCGCUGAUGUCACAACCGCUGAUGUCGCAACCGCUGAUGUCACAACCGCUGAUGUCACCACCGCGGAUGUCGCCACCGCGGAUGCCGCCACCGCGGAUGCCGCCACCGCGGAUGUCACCACAGAUGAUGUCACCACAGAUGAUGUCACUACAGGUGAUGUCACAACCGCUGAUGUCGCCACCGCUGAUGUAUCCGUGACUGCGACUGUCACUGCUGAGGAUAAUGUUGCUACUUGUGUUGCAGUAACCAGGAAGGAAAGGUUAGAUAGUAGCAUAACUGGUGCUGCGCGGGGCAAACAUAGAGAGACGGAGACGGAGAUGGAUCAAGACAACCGACACAGUUGCCCUCCUCCUCCUAAGGCAACAAGUAACGCUGCUGCCUCUGCUGGUGUUUCAGAGAGACGUGACACAUCCCACCCAUCACCGGAUUCACCUCUACCACCAUCGCCAUCGCCAUCAUCCUCUUUAUCCUCAGCAAGCAGCAGCACAGUUGCAGGAGAACAACGCACCCCACACACCCCACGCAACCCUCGCACCCCCAGUGACAGGAGGAGAUCUGCUAGCCGUCAGCUGACUGCUAAGCGCAGUAAUGAAAGUCAGUCGGACAAAAACACAAGUGCCAAGCGUUUGCGAAGCCGUAGCUCUGGACAAAUCAAACGUCCAGGAGGAUCAUCCCGAACGCCACCAGCUUCUACCUCUACCAGUGCAACGGCGAUGUCUUUACGGAGCUCCCCGUUAUCUCGCACUCAUGGUGUUGGUGACGAUAUGACCACCGGCCCAUCUGCUGGUGAGACUUUACAAGGGCUGGGCAAGCAAGCUGCACUCUCGUUUCAACUCUUCUGAUGCUACUGAGUUGAGUUACUGCACUUUCCUGAAUCCUGCCUUGAUGUGCUUGAAUGGACACUUCUCUGUGGGUAUAGUAGUACAGUACUCAUUGUUUCAAUGCAUUGUCAGCUCCCUGCCAUGCGCUAGCCAGCAUCUUGCUGAAUAGCCGUGCAUCUCUGCCUACUACAGAACUACAGAUGGGUUUUCACGUCCUGCAUUUGUUUUUAGUGAAAAUCAGCGGGCAAUGACCAAUUUUGCACGCUCGCCCAUGGUUUGAAGUUUGAACCCAUCCGUGAUGACGUAAAGACUCCAAUCCACCUCCACCUGUCCAGCCUUGUCUAUGCGUAUACAUACUAGACAUACUCCACUACAAUCAUAGUAAAUUGCUGUUACGAAAUGUUCAAUGUCAUACUGCCACGAUCAGCCAUAUUCAGAAGGAACUACUUGUCUUUAUAUAUAUAAAUACCUGACUUUUGUCUACCGCUUGAAUUUGUACUCCCAGAGUCAUGGUUCGCUUUCGUCAAGUUGAAGUAGGAUAAGUGGCUGAGGUUGCUUUGUCCACGCACACAUUAGCUUUCUGACCCACUGAGAUCUCUGUUUAUCUUCCUACUAGUGCUAGAUGAAGUAUUUGUUGUUGCUGUCCUUUCUCCUAGAGACUACUACGAGAUUUAUAUUCUUACCAUCUUUUUAUACACGUUUUAUCAAUAUUUGUUUACUUUAUAAGGCAUGACUAGUUGAUCAUUCAUCCCAUAUCAUCUAUCUCUUGUUGCCUAGUCUUCUCCUCUCCUCUCACUUGUCCCAUCAUACAUCUCUUUUUUUACCUAGGUGUUCUCCUUGCCUCUUGUGAUACGCCGUUUCCUGUCCUUUUCUUGUUUUAGGUUGUAGUGUAGGUAGUUUAGUGCCGCAUCUCUUUUUCUAUUCUUCUUUACUAGUGUACUCUACUGUGUGUAGUUAGACAUGCAUCAUGCUCUUACCCUCCGUCUUUUUGCUCAGUAUUACUCGCGUUGAGGUGUG